AUGGCAGGGGGUUUGAUGGCACAAGAUUUACUUAAAAAAAUAUUACAGAUUGCCCUAUCAAAGGAAGAAGAGCGAGCAGUGAGGAAUACCCUGGGGCAGGUCGGUUUGAGAGGAGAGUAUAUAGAGAUGUAUAAUGAAAUGCUAAAGGCCAGUCAAGAUUCGGCCGGAUCAAUUGAGACGAUGAUGAAAUUGGAUUUGCGACUGACCUUAGAAGACUUAAGGGUGCGCUCCAUCGCUGGUCAUCGUCGAUCUAACCGCAUGAGUUCAUCAACGAAUAACAGACGGGUAAGAUCCCAAGCUCUCCGUAGACGAAAACUGAACAGCCAGGGUCUAAAAAGUCAUAAUGAACAUUCGAGGCACUCGAUCAUCAAUAGGCUUAUGAAAUAAAUAUGC